GCCAGGCGGUGCAGAAAGCUAAGAAGCUAAAAACCCUUUUUAUCGAAUGAUAGAACGUAUGCGAUAAAAAUUGAACAAUGUUGGACUUCCUCAUUAGUGUUCGCGGUGUGCACAAUCGAUACAGAACCAAGCCGUAGUUUCGUACGAUAUUAGCAGUGUAUUGUAUAUAGCGUUUUAGAAACGUGCGUACCUGGCUGAACGACAGAUUGAUUUGUUUAGGGGGUAAAAUGAAGCGUGAAAGAUUAUCAUUGGUCAACUAUUGGAGAGCAGAAAUUUAAUUAACUCAAUCCUUUAUUGCCAGUCAGCGUCAAUCAAUGGUGAAUGACUCGGAACUAAGCUUGUUUCGAGAACAUUGUGAGAGGAAGGAAGCUGCUAUUAAUAAGUUGUCAUGCUAUCUUAGUUUCCUCAAAGAAAUUGGAGUUUUAUUGGUAUUCGCUGACAUAAGUGAUAUACCCUUAAUAAGGGUUUUCUGAGAAAAAGCCACAUCGUUUCUUCGACAAAACAUCACAUGGAUUUAAUUACCCUUGAGAACCUAUCAAAGAUGGAGGUUGAAAAUAUGACAAACAUAUCCGGUACAAAACAAUCAGUGCCGUCAAGUGCUGCGGAUCUACCGGAAGUGAUAUGUUUCAGUUUUUUAUUUUUUGUCAUUGGUAUAAUUGGCAUUGUGGGUAAUUGUUUAGUGAUGUACGCAGUGAUGCACGAUAAAAAGAUGCGAGCCUCGGCUACGAAUUUACUUAUAACGAACCUGGCUUUUGCUGAUAUUCUCAUCAUGGUAUUCGGAGUACCGGAAAUAAUACAAUUUAUGUUAAAUAAAGGUUGGAUAUUGGAUGUCAUCUCGUGUAAAGCUAAUCGUUAUGUAUUGGUUACCAGUCUGUAUGCUUCAGUUUUAACAUUGGUGGCUAUUUGUAUUGAAAGAUAUAUUGGCAUUAUCCAUCCAAUUAAAGCUCAUAUACUAUGUAAUAGAAGACGUAUUGCCGUGGUUAUUGGAUUAAUUUGGCCCUUGUCCUGUCUGGCUGGGGCACCUACGCUCAUUUUCAAUCAGAUCCUAGCGGGACACCCCGACCAUACAGAACUGAAAUAUUGUAUGCUACAUUUCCCGGACAACCCCGAUCUUUACUUCGUGGUGUUUAAGUACAGUGAAUUUGCUUUGUUUUAUAUGAGUCCGUUAGUGAUACAAGUGACUGUUUAUUGCAUCGUAUCCAAGCAACUGUUCACAGGGUCUGAGAAACUCCAUCGUCGAUUAACCGUGCUUGAUGAAAAUGGGUUAGCGAAAGAGCGAUCAUCGGAGGCUGUACAGGCUAGAAAAGGCGUAGUGAAAAUGCUGAUUAUGAGUGUUGUGGUAUAUUUUGUGAGUUACUCGCCUCAUCAAGUUUUAUUUAUUUACCACUCUAUUAACCCACAAUAUUUUCACGAUAAUUGGACGUUGCGGGUAUUUGUUAUGAUCAUCGCUUACACCAAUUCCGCGGCUAACCCCAUUUUAUACAGUAUCUUUAGUCAGAACUUUCGAUCCAGUUUCCAGAAAGCUUUCUGUAGAUUAAAAACGACCAAGAGACGACCAAACCCAAGACGUCAAUCAACAUUCAGUAAUAGUUCGCGGUUUGGCCGAAUGGCUAGCCUUGUUCAUUCGGCAAACACCGAUCUUUAGAAACGGAAUAAAGUAAACAAUUCCCCACUUCAUCAAUCAUCAAUAUCAAGUGAAUGGCCAUUUUUGUUAUUUUCUCUUUCGUGUGAUUUAAUUACCCGAGGUGUUAGAUGAAUAAAAACCGGAUCCAGUUCAUUAUCGGACUUGAAUAACGUUUUAAUUUUAUUUAUGUUGGAAAAACCCAAACGUAAAAUGAGCUUUGAUCGAAUUCCGUCAUGGCAAUUAAAGUUGCUGUUUUUGCACCACGAUUCUAGAAGAAGCAGGAAGAUGGCGACUAAUUAUGUAUAAAAUGUUAUAAUAGUUUCUGAAGCAUACGCUAAUUAGGCCUACUAGAAUGUGUUUUUAUUUACAUAGUGCAUAGAGAGAAAUUGUAAUGCCGUCAAAAAUUUCUAGAAUUUAAAAAAAUGGGAAAUUAAUGACAGUCUAUUUUGAUUAUGAGCAACAGAAAAAACAAACAAAGUCUUCGGAGUGAUUUUAUUUUCCAGAACACCGGAAACGCGUGUUUAUGAAGUUCACAAAGCCGACAUUUUGCUGUUGUAUUUCUGUGAAAUAUGGAUAAAUAAUUUUUAACACGUUUUACAAAGGAAUAAAUAAAUAAAAUGGGUUUAGCGUCCAAUAAGCCAUACAGUGUGCAAUGAGGGACAUUUUGCCCGGAUAGCAAUUGAAUUUCGUCUGUAAAGGGUACUUUUACGUGCACGCCAACACGUAUACGGAACCUAGUUUUAUCGGGGGGUGGGGUAGGAUGGCCGAAUUCUUAGCGCGUGCGCGAUGUAUCAUAAGGUCUGUCAUUGAAUCAACUGGUGUGGUUUCGAUUCCCAGGUUGUACGUGACAAGGAGGAGGAUCGCCUGUCUAACCUCGUGGGUUUUCUCCUGGUCCUUCGGUUUCCUCCCAUCGCCAAACGCCCUACGCGCAAGCGAAUCAUUAAAAUUAAAUUGAACCAUAUGUUGGUCCCGAAAUGACCUAGUUUGUGUCAAGUGGACGUUAAACCCCAUUUCUCCCCCCCCCCUCUAUCUCUCUCCUUGUUUUGCGUCCCAACCGAACGACUAGACGCGAACAGUUUAUUUGAAUCCCCAAUCCCAUUCCGUUUGAUCAAGACGCCCUCUUAUAAUAUGUCGCACACCUUAGUUUUACAUAAAAUCAAAAUCGGACAGUUGAUUAUGGCUACCGUAUUUGCUGUUAUUUAAAAUGCAUUGAACCAAUAUUAGUUGAAUUGGCUUAAAGGCUCAAUACCAUUCUUGUUAUAACUGAAUAAUAUGUCCCAAUCUUUAUUCUGGUCAACAAAUUGUACUAUUUUACAAUAUUCCAAUUGAUUGAUGAUACAAAUUUCAUCUUAACACACCUAAUAUAAAAAAUUGAAAAAAUUCAACUAAAUGAUUUGAAAAGCCUAACGGAAACCUUUUCAUAUGUGACUUGGAUUUAAAAAUAUUUUUGAACCCUCUGGACAAGUAAAAUAGAAUUUAAUGGAUUAAUAAACACCAGGUAGGACACUUAAACAUCUAGUACUCAGAAUAAGGCUAUUAUUUAUUUUCUGGAGCUGUCAAGCCAGCAAGUGUGUUAUUGUCCCUUUAACGAUAUUGAAUAUGUUGUAUAUUAGUUAUAUAUUGUGUUUAUCUACUGUGUCAGGCGUCCAAAGAUCUGUUGACCUG